CUCGGGAGGCUGGAUUAGCCACAAGUUGUGGUGAACCAGGGUAAAAUCGGUGUGCCUCUUACUCUUCUCUUUACUUCUCGUUUAUUCAUUUUUUUAUUCCUGCGAUUUUUGAUCAAACGCUAUUCACCCCCCCUCUAGCGUUAGUCUCUUAUUCUAACAAUUGGUAUCGGAGCCUAACUCGCGUCCAAACUUAACCAUUUGAGAGUAAAGCGAUCAUGGGCUCUUCUUCUAGAAAUCUCUAUGCAGGAAUUGGAGAAGGUCAAUCAACUUCUAGGCCACCAGUCUUUGAUGGCACCAACUACUCUUAUUGGAAGGAACGGAUGAGAAUCUACAUUCGUUCCACCAACUUCCAAUUGUGGUUGGUGAUCAAAAAUGGCGAAGAAAUCCCUAUGAAGAAAGUGGGAGAAACCACGGUCCCAAAGACCGAAAACGAAUUUGAUGCCGAGGACAUCAAGAAGAUUGAAAACUAUGCAAAGGCCAUCAAUAUGCUAUAUUGCGCGGUCAACCCCGAUGACUACCGAAAGAUCUCCUAUUGCACAACCGCCAAGGAGAUGUGGGACAAGCUUGAAGUGACGUACAAAGGUACCGAUCAAGUUCGCGAAGCCAAGAUCGAUUUUCUCACCCAAGAGUACGAAAUGUUCCGGAUGAAAGAAGGUGAGAAAAUUGAUGACAUGUUCGACCGGUUUUCAAAGAUCAUCAACGACCAUCAUGCUCUCAAAAAGACUUACACCAACAAGGAUCUCGUGAGGAAAAUCCUGCGAAGCCUCACACCCGAAUGGAGGUCAAAAGCCGAUGCAAUCUAUGAAUCCAUUGGAGUCUCCAACGUCACCAUCGACGGGCUAAGAG